UCACCGUAGGAUGAUGUAACCAGAACAGGAGCCGCAUUUAUCUGUGCGGCUGCAUGCAUGCGUGUGGACGCGCACCGAAAGCAAGAGAGCUGCCCCAGGAGGCACCGAGGCUGCUCAAUGCCCGUCUCCUUAAUCCUCUGAACCCUGGAUCCUCAGCGGUUGUGAGGCACUGGGGAACUCCGGAGCGGCCCAGUGUAAAACCCACUUUAUCUGCUGAGGAUCUGCUCACUAGGACUGAACAGUGUGACCUGAAGUAGAGGACCGUGGAAGCCCAAGCGAGUCGUAUCUGCCUGUCACUGAAGUCUCUAAGAUUCAGACACUUCUCUGUCCCAAGAGAUGAACACAGUUCCGCACAUUUUUAGAGUGAAAUUUCUCAACCGGUUUUUGAGAAGGGAGUUCCUGAUACCAUCCCCCCAAAAAAAAACUCCACAGACCAUCUUGUGGUGGGUUUGGGGUUUGUUUUUUUUUUUUUUGAGAAGCUGAAGAAAGAAAAGUUGUGCUUGCAACAAAUAAGAGCUAGACUAAAUUUUGAAUGUCUGUCUGUUACUUCCCCCUCCACCCCCCUCGCUUCUCUCCUUAUCUGCAUGUGAGUGCAAGCUUGUUGGCUCUUUUUUCUGGGUCACGGGCUGAUGUCCUCUGAACCACGAAAGGUUGGCAGGUCGAAUAAUAUUUCUCUACGUCAAUUACUACCAAAAGCCGCAAAGAAUGAAAUUCCUUCUCUGUGACAAUCCAUACAGUAUUAUUUUGAAUAAUUGUAUAGAGCUUGAAGCAGACAUGUGAUUAUAUAGAGUGGUUCACUUAAUUUAUAAACAGCUUUCAGGCUCUCAAACUUAUACUGGAUUUUUCUAUUGCAAUGAUUUUUUCCUUAACUAAUCACAAGAAACUUGACUGUCAGAAUCUUGUUUGUGCUGUUAACCUAAGGCACUUUCAAAUUAUUUGUCCUUCCUGAAGAAACAAGAGAACAAUCACUGCCAUUUUUAGGUGUCCUGAAAUUUGCUUUCAGAAGAUCCGCUGCCCUGCGAAAACGUGGCCGGUGCAUCGGCACAACCCGGACCAGAUUUUGAAGCGUGAAUUAAAAAAAUCCCUCAAAGCCAAUUGGAGAAGCGUGAGAAUUUACCAGAAAGCAGGCGGCCUUCCCCAGCCCAGAGAGGAUGAAGAAAUAAACGCUUCUCCCGUCGCCUCCCAGGGCAGCCACAGGCGGGUGUCCUCGGCAGCGCUGCCCCUUAUCAGGAGCAUUCCAGCCUGCCCUGUUUGUCAUAGAAACCGGCCGGAGCGGGAGCGCGCUCGCAGCCAACGGAGUGAUUCAGUGGUGAUGGGGAAGGGCAGGUGGAGCAGGUAAGUCACCUCCAGACAGGAAGGUAUAAAAGAUACUUGAAUUACAGUGGCAGGGCCACUUGUGUGCAGGGAGCUGUUAGAGGUUACUUGUCUUGCCGGACCCACCGUGCUUGGAGGCAACUCAGGAAGCUACCGGGGAGCUCAAAUACCAGAAGGCGGCUUAUAAAUACAAAAGACCCUGAGCCUAAGACUAUCCUCUGGAGAGAAGACUUUUCAGGGGUAGAAAUCAAGAGCCCAGAACAUGCUUUUCUCCCUCUAACCAGCACUCCGAACAGGUAUUUAUAGACUUUAAUCUGCUGUACACCUCUUAACUUGCUGUGUAUUCAGUUGCUCUGAGUUAAAGGUACCUUAGGGAAUCAUAUUACAGCACAGUGUUGGCCACUACCUUAACUGCGUGUUCUCUUUUGUCUGGUUUUAUGGCGCGGAAAAAAACAUUUCUAGAACUUGUUGAGAAGUAAAAAGUACCAAACUACUUUUACUUAGUUUUUAAAAACUUAACUGCUUCGUUUUAAAUCUGAGUUUAUGUGUCUCUCCUGAAUGGUUUAGUUAUUUGUGAUGUUCCCAAAGUUUCCAGAAAGCCCAGGUAAACAGCUGGGAAAGCGAGGUAAACAGCUGCAGCAGGGUCUGAGGCAAUGCGGUGUGGCCACGGAGGUCUGAACAAUUGGAGAUAUUGUCUUGUGUUUAAAAAAAAGUCAUAUGAUUGUGUAAUGGAAAAAUAAAAGCCAACAGAAAAACAAACAAAACCCCCAAACCCUAACUAAUUCUGUCGAGAUUUUCCACUGCAUGUCUUCACUGGGACUCUGCAGCUGUAGCGACUGGCUCUCAUUUAGUAGUACAGCAGCAGUGCCCGGGAGAAAUCUUGGACCCUUCUUUAGCUGCUGCCCAAACCCAGUUUAACUUUAUGAGCAUCAGCACUAUGGCAACACACUGAAAGGCGCAAGAAGCAGGCAGGGGCUGGCCUGUCCCGUGUGGCAGCGUAUGAAUUAAAACUGUCCUUCCCAUGCCUCAGCUCCGUGCCCCGCUCUUCACAUCUUCCCAGUUUAAGUCAACUACGUGCACCAUGUCUGAUCGAGGUGCUGCAUAACACCGAGACGUCGAUUCAAAAUAAGUAGCCUCUAAAUUUAUUAAAACUAACAAGCGACUAGAGCGUCACAUCUUUAGCAAAGGGAAAAUGUGGGCAAAAGCUCGUAUCGUCAUUUAAAAGCAACUGUUGUGAAUAAAAUUCCUCGAGUUUACUAUCGAGAUACUGCUGUUGCUAUAGCUGUCACGUUACAAACUAGUGAAAACCCCAACAGAACAGCUUUUCACAUAGGUUAUGAAAUUACAGUUUGUGUAAGCAAAGGCUCUCUCUUUUAGAGGUUACCUUCUGCUACUGGUUUUGCUGCUCGUAGUGUCUGACAAACACCCCGAGCUGAGGGAUGGCAAAGAACUGGGCGGAGGGGAUGGAGUUCUGCAAAACAGAAGAUUUAGUUAAAAAAAAACCCAAACCAAACCAAAGCAGGGGUUUCCCUCAUCUCUGUGCCAGCUUGGGCUUGGAUUUGUAGUUCAUCAGCAUCUGCCAGAUUGUGAUAAAACAUGCAUGGUGAUCUGUAGCCAGAAAAAAAAACCAAACCACAUUAAAAAAACAUUACAACUUGCUGAAAAGUGCAGAUAGUCUGGGGCUGAAAAUUCAACUUGAGGAGAGGCUUCACAAAAAUGUCUUCAUUUAGAAUAAGAGAAGAAAAGGAAGGAAGGUUCUUAAAGUUGGUUUCAGCUCUGGCAAUGCUGGCUGUGAUGGGAGAGGGGAGAAUACUUCAUUCUUAAACAAUGGAGACUUUUUCUGUGCAAUGUAAGGAAUACAUAGUCUUUCUGAUACCUUAAACUAGCCUUUUAUGCUGAGAUGUGGAGGCUCUAGCCCAUGCUGGUGAGCCAUUGCUGGAUUGACUGGAGACCUAUAAUUACAGCAGCAAUCUGAACAUUUCUGGCUUGUCAUCAGUAAAUCUCCCAACACAAAGAAUCAAGCCUAGCUAGUUCAGUGACACAGCCUAAAAAAAUGUUCCCCAGGCAUACAGCAUCAGGGCUGUCGCUGGGAACUUCCUCCAGCUAAACGCUUGCUUUCAGGUAAAAGUGCUCGAUAGCUGAAAAGUCGGCUGAAAAGCCUGAAUAUCAGCAUGUCUGCAAGGCCUAGGAUAACUGGAAGGCAGGGUAACGCUUAGGGCGCUGAAAAGGCUGGAGUAAGUUGUAAACCAAUUUGCUAGAACUGGCAUAUUAGCCAUUGAACUCCAGGCUCCUGCUUGCACACCACAACAAAGCAGCGAGCACAUGGCAGCACAUGGCAAGGCUUGGUCCGUGCUGGCGCUCCUCCAGGGCAGGGCACGGGGAGAACCGUGUUUCUCUAGGCAAACCAAGACAACAAGGAAACAGUGGUGAAUUCCCUUUGCUCUGCCACCAAGGCCAUUUCCUCCAACGUUGCUUUUCUUGCUGUGUCAUGGUGACAAGACAGAGCUGCUUCUUGUGCUGCUUGGGGCUGAGGAUGGAAAAAACUUUGCAAGAUAACAGAGUUUCCUCACCUCACUUGGGUUCUCCUGGGACAUGGGGGAGUUCAGACCCCACUGUGGAUAGACAAAACCAGGCAGCAGCGCUGGGUGGUGCCUCACUUGCCUGCUAGGCAGCACGCAGAACCAUGCUUCGAGGCACACAGCUCUGAGCACACCGAAGAGAAGAGAUUCACCCCUCUGCUACCUCCACGACUGAAUAGUGUUAUCUGUCUCUUAGGCCUUGCUCAUGCUGCCACCAUAAUAUCUGAGUGCCUCCCAGACUAACAGACUGCCAUAGCGAGGUCCCUACUUGACCUCAUGGAGUCUUCUGCUCUCCUCCCUGCUCAGGUGUCGGGGAGCACCAGCUGGGAGUCUCCCAGGGCUCUAUUUAUUUCCCCGGGCUCCAUCAUGUCGUGCUUCACGCAGCUGUGGCACUCAAACACGCCAGACUCUCCCACCAGCCCAGUCCCUGCAUCUCCAAGUGAAAUCCCCAUCCCCAUCAGCCCCAUCGUUGUCACCUCCCCAGGAGAUGGCAAGAGGAAGGCGAGGUCCCCGACCGACAAGCCAGGCUCUCCGAACCCAACAUCUCCGAAGCCAGCCUCCCCUGUUGAGUGUUCCAUUUGCUUCAACACCUAUGACAACACCUUCAAGACACCCAAGCUGCUCCAGUGCUCCCACGUUUUCUGCCUGGAGUGUGUGGCCCGCCUGAGCACAGGGCUGCCCCCAAACCAACCAGAGGACCAGCUCCCCUGCCCCUUCUGCAGGCAGCUGACCAGUAUCCCUCUGGAAGGUGCCCCAGCACUCGAGACCAGCAAGGAGCUCCUUGCCACACUGCCUCCUGAACUCCAGCAGGAAAAGGUGCUCUGGAUGGAAGGGACCAAGCUUUGCUGCCGUCAGCCAUCUGAUGACCCUGAGAAUCCCGACUCGUGCAUCUCCAUCGACGUCGCCAUGAGCAAGCCAGAAAGCCCGGAGGCGCCCCCGGCGGGGUUAGCUGGGCGGCUGUCCCGCUGUGACAUGUGCGAUGACUGGAAACGCAUAGUCCUCCUCUCUGCAUUGAUCAUCAUCCUGUUCUGCAUCAUUCUGUGGCCAGUCCAGUGUGCCCUGAAGACGGGGAACCUCCGCUGCUUCACAAGGACCGUUGCGAUGAGCAGGCCCGAGUAUCUUCCCCCGAAACACACCACAGCGGCAACACCUGUGACACAACUCCCUUUCCAGUAGCAGCGAGGCAGCCCCUCGCCCCCCUCCCCACGGCGCGUCGGGGGGGGAGGAAUAGGGCCUCCUGCGCUGACGGCACUCCCUGGUUUGCUGGCAGAGCCCCUGGCCCGCUCCCCACACUCCUCCUGUGCCUGCGCUUGAACACACGCACCCGCCUCCAGGAGCUCCGCUGACACACUCGCCUGCCAAGCUGUCUCCAGCCCAGAAAUGCUCCAAGGAGCCGGCUCGGCAUCCUGCUGCCAAACUCUCCAUGGAAACCAGAGCUCUGAAAGCAGCAGACAGGUUCCCAGGACUGGUUGCCUCGAGUGGCACGCGGACGUGUGCCGCCUUGGCACCAGAUGACCGUGGGCGCAGUUCCUCGAACUCCCUUAGGGAAUAAAGGGCUAUUUUUUGCAAACCGAAGGAUCUACAUGAUUAUUCCUCAGAGGAGCUGGGAUUGGGAGGGUAAAGACAUGUCAAAGCCAUAUAGGCAAAUGAAAAUUAUCCGUAUUCCACACGCUUGAAACAUUUCUGUUGUUAUUCGAUGUUGGAGGUGUAAAUGCUGCCUCCUGCUGACAAACGGUGAAUCUACCACUGCUACUCACCUGAGCUGUGUUACCAGCCUGAUGAGCUUUUGAACAGACCAGAGUAGCCCUUCUACUCGUUUUUCCUAAGAUGAUGCUUAGAAAUCACUCAUCCCUACCUGGAAAGCGAUUGUUACGCGGGGUGAGUUCUGUUAGGCACCCUGACACAGCGGCGUCAAGUUAUUUCGUCAGCGAACUUCCUUCAUACUUCUCACAGGCAAAAACGGUUGCCAAAACGAUGUAAAUUCCACCCUUUGACAGCUUUACCCUCCUAAUCUUAAAAUGUGUCAGUAUUAAGACACAGGCCAGUUGCUUACACUAUAUUUUUAUUUAAUGCAGUGAUCUUCUGACAGUGAUUCACAAAAGUCUUCAUGAUGAAGAUGGCUUACAAUUAAAUGUUUUCUAUUCAAACACGUGGAUGUAAGACAGUAUUGUAUGCAAGUACGAUAUGUGUAUGUAUUAAAUUAUGUUUUAUACAA